ACUAUGAUAGCAACAGGAGGAGUCAUAACAGGACUGGCUGCCUUGAAAAGGCAAGACUCUGCCAGAUCUCAGCAACAUCUGAACCUCGCCACAGCUCCAGCCUCCGAGGAGCAGAAGCCGGUGCGGCGCCGGCCCCGUGCGGACGUGGUGGUGGUCAGGGGCAAACUCCGCCUCUACUCUCCCUCGGGGUUCUUCCUGGUUCUGGGGGUGCUGAUCGCCGCCUUCGGCAUCGCCAUGGCCAUCCUGGGCUACUGGCCCGAGAAGGAGCAGCUGCUGGGGGCCGAGCAGGCCGUGGCUGCCAACGGGACGCGGGCGCCGGGCGGGCUGCUGCCGCGGUUCUUCGAACAGCACCUGCACUCCCACAGGAUGAAGAUGCUGGGGCCCUUCACCAUGGGAAUCGGCAUCUUCAUCUUCAUCUGCGCCAACGCCAUCCUGCAUGAGAACCGCGACAGGGAGACCAAGGUCAUACACAUGAGGGACAUCUACUCCACCGUCAUCGACAUUCACACCCUGAGGCUGAAGGAGCAGCAGCAGCUGGCGGGGGCCAUGGGUGGCCUGCUGGGGGAAGGAGAGCUGCGGCCGGGCAGCAGCUGCUGCGCCUCCCAGCUGGCCGCCAACACCCUGGUGCCUUUCUCUGGCUUCAAGAGCGGCUUUCGGGGGGAGAGCUCUGCUGAAGAGGAUGAGGUUGCCCUGACUGAAGACAGGGCCACCGGGAGCCUCCUGCCACCCCUGCUGGCCGAGCGGUCUGGUUCAGUCUUUGGGCUUUACCCUCACUGCAGCAAGGCUCUGGAUGACAGAAGCAGUAGCUCUGCAAAGUGUGGGACCAAAUCCAUCGUCUCCUCUUCCAUCAGCGCUUUCACCCUGCCAGUGAUUAAACUGAACAACUGUGUGAUCGAUGAGCCCAGCAUAGACAACAUCACUGAGGACUCUGAGAUCUCCAAGAGCCGCUCCAGGAACCUGUCCAUGGAUUCCUUGGCCCUCCCAGUGACUGACACCAAGGAGUCCUGCAGGCCAGCCACUACCUUGCUGCCACGACACAACUCGCUUGUGGACACUCCAGCGGAGCAGUCCAGGUCUUCUAUGACUCUCGGACCCAGCACGGGGAAGCUUUUAUCUCCUGGUGCUGCCAGGAAGCAGUUUGGGUCUAACACAUCUUUGCAUCUUCUGUCUUCACAUUCCAAGUCCCUGGACUUGGACAGAGGUCCCUCUACGCUCACAGUCCAAGCGGAGCAAAGGAAACAUCCCAGCUGGCCCAGGCUGGAUCGGAGUAACAGCAAAGGCUACAUGAAACUGGAAAACAAAGAGGACCCAAUGGACAGGUUGCUUGUGCCCCAAGCAGCAGUCAAGAAAGACUUCACCAAUAAGGAGAAGCUUCUUAUGAUUUCAAGGUCUCACAAUAACUUGAGUUUUGAACACGAUGAGUUCUUGAGUAACAACCUGAAACGAGGCACUUCUGAAACCAGAUUUUAAUGCUGAGCUUGCAGGUUAGG